AAAGUCCUCAAGGCUUGUGAGUAUAUCUAUAAGCGGGGGAAUACAAUAGAUGGUUCAAAGGUUAAAGACACCCUUGGAGAGGGUUCUUGGGUACCCACUCUGAAUCAAUUCAUGCAGAAACUUGGACCAUUUGGCCUUGACCCCUUCCGCAUGCUCGUGGUUGACUUCAUGCAUGAAUGCAAGUUGGGUACUUGGAAAGCGCUACUAACC